AUGGACUCAUCACAAACCCAACCGCUCGCCGAUCGCCCGACCAACACGCACUUGGCCGGCGGCGACAAGACCGAUGUCAAGGGUUCUGAUCUGUCGUCGAUGGAGUACCACCGCCAGGUGCUGCAGGGGAAGAUUGAGAGCGGCGAGAAACAACCAACUGCCUACGUCUCUCCCUCCGACGAUAUCAUGAGUCCCUGCUCGAAAAAGCUGAGCGACAUCAAGGGCAAGCGGUUUAAGAAUGCCGGCAAGCCCCAGUCGCUGUUCGCAAAGCUCGGCAAGAAGAGCUACGAGCAAUCCACAUCGGCCGAGCAGGGGCGCAGCAUUGAAUAA